AUGGACGUGCGGCCGUUCUACAGGGAGGGCCGGGAGGGGGAGGAGGAGGAGCAGCGGCUGUGGGGCUUCGACGUGGAGCUGGUGGACGACGGCGCGAUGGUGUGCAGGGUGUGCGUGAGGAUGGACACGGAGGUCGUGGAGAAGCCGGACUUCAUCGGGAUUGGGCAAGAUGGGUUCCCGGUGAACGAGGGGGGCACCACGUCCGUGGAGGGGCGGUUCUUCCAGAUUUGGAAAGUCGGUGACGAAGUUGUGACGGACUCCAUUCGGGAGGUGUUGCGGCUGUUCUGCACAUCUUUGAUGCAUGCCAUCAACAAGUACUAUGCCUUUGGGUCGUGCUUCACUGAUGACCUGUAA